AUGCAUGCAGCGUCCUCACCUCGUCCUCACGUGCAGGUGAAUAACUACGGGCGAAUUAACUCGCCCGGCGAUGACAUCCGUGUAGCCGAGGCGAAGAACGCGAGCAAGGCGGGAAGUCCUACCGCCGCCUCCGGUGCGAGCUGUGACGGGGACGACGGAGGCGAAGCGAACGGCGACGACGCCGAGGAGGAUUGGCCGGAGAACGGCCACGACGACAGUGCUUCGAGCGACGAAUUAGGUCCUGCCGACAUCGAGGAGGACGAAUGGUGGAAUCGGCCGGUCGGGAGCGACGACGAGGUGGAAGAGUGGCGGGCUGGUGAUUCCGACAACGACGGAGGUGAAGAUGCGCAUGGUGACAACGCGGAGGCAGCGGCGGAUGCACAGGAAGCGGCAGUGGAUGCGAAUGAGGAGGCUGACAAUGAGGCGGGGGCGGAACUUGAGACAGUUGCGCCUGCGGAUGCGGAUGCUGUGGCGGAGUCGGACAAGGUUGCUGCGGAUGCCGUCUUAUUUGUUGAGGAAGGCGGCGACGACGACCCAUGGAGCCUUGGGACCGACGACGACGUUCUGCUACUGAAGCGGAGGCUGCGCCAUAGCCUACAGUCCAAGUCGAAGCGGGCCCGCUUGGUGCUCUUUGACGACGACGGUCCGGGGGAGGAGCGUCGCCCGAUACUCACCGCUGCGGAGAAGGGGAAAGCCAAGGUCGCGGAAGCCCCUGCUAAGGCCCCUGCUUGUCGCCGCACAAGCAACAAGAAGCGGAAAUCCGACGGAGACCCGGGAUCCAGCAAGGGUGCGGCUAAGAAGAAGGCGAAGAAGGCGCCGAAUCCUGACGACAUCGUCGUGAACGAGACGCUGGAUAGCGACGAUGAGUACGCGGCGGCGGCGGGCCCGAUUCCCACGUUCCCUGAGAAGGUCACGCCGAAGGACCCCACCCUCCAUAAUCCCAACACCCGCCCACCUUCCCCUCGCAGCAAGGACACUACAAAGACGCGCCGCAGUUGGACCGUGCGUGAGAAGCUUAAGUCGGCGCGCCGCUAUCAGGAGCUCGGCUACUUGAAGAAGACGAGCGUGGAGUCAACCGCUUCCAUCGCCUGCAUCAGACGCUGUGUCUAA